AUGCAUUCAAGGCUACAGCUGGUCUGUCCCUCGGAACACGACAUAUACUUCAAUCUCAAUGGAGAUGGAUACGCGGAGCCCGUUACUGGCACCGUCGUGCUAAAGGACCACACCUCGCUCUCCAAUACAGCUGCUCAGCUACAACUACGUCUAGUUCAGAUCGUGGUGGCUGGAAACAGCAACCAGCGUCCUCUGCCCCGCGAUAAUAAAUUUUUGAGCAAAAUUCGUCGUUCAUUUCUAGGCGCCCCACAACAAGAGGAGACCCUUGCCACCGAAACGUGCUCCAUAAUUGAAGAAGUCAUUCAAUCUGUCAUCCCAUCGGACCCAGUGACAGAUGGCUCGGUCCACCUUCCAUUUUCUAUUGCCAUUCCAGUUAACACACCUGGCUCGACCAACACACCACUGGGAAAGAUCACAUAUUCCAUAAUAGCCACCAUAUCAACACCGCAAGGCGAAAUAAUCACCACUGUUCAGUCUCUUCUUCUGACCCGCCACCUCAUCCCGGAUCGACAAUGUAUUCAGAACAGACGAUCAUACCCGAAAUCAACUGUGAUCAAGGAAAUCACACUUUCUCAAAAUUUGACGACUGAUCCAAAGUCGGAGAUCGCAUUAUCUGCAAACAUCUCUCUUCGUCGUGGAUCACCCCAGACUCAGCGUGACUCCGAAUUCAGGUGUCCUACCGUCCGAGCGAUUCACUGGCGUGUGGAAGAAGUGACUAGAUUGGUCGACCAAAAUAAUAAUGAUCUCCGAGACACUGUGGAGAACCUCAUCUCCAAAAAAGAAAUUGUCAGAGAGAUAUGCAGCGGAAAGCAAAAAGGAUAUUGGUCUUCGAACGACAACCCGCUACUGAAGAAGAAGCAAAAGUCUGAAGAGGAUUCCACUGUUGAGAUUUCCUUGGAUAUCUCGAUCCCCAAGAAUGGGAAUAUGGGUCCUGCAAUUGACGGCUCUUGCUAUGGGUCUUUCCAGGCAACGCCGCACAUCACCUCAGAACAUACUGAGAAUGAAGAUCUGAUCAUUCUGGUUGAACAACGAUUGAGAGUUGAGUUCAUAACGGGCGAGGACACUUUCGAUGCUCGCAACAAGAAUCUGGUGGAUCGUCGGCCCCUGCAACCUACUCCGUCUGUCAACUUUCCUCUUCUGGCCGGAAGUCAUGUUAAGACCGAUUUUGAGGAUCUUGUAUUUAGUGGUCCCCCGAGAUAUGAGGACAUCACGAUAUCGCCUCCGGAGUACAUCACCUUGGUCUGA